UGGCUGAGGAGGAGGACGAGUUUGGGCUCUCCCUUCUUUCCUUCCUUCCUCCCUCCCCAGCGGCGGCCAUGCGGAGGCAGCAGCGGUACUUGCUGGAGCCCGGGCCCCUGGAGGGCGAGCAGGGGGCCAAGGAGCCAAGGGGCCCCCGCUGCUGCUGCCCCUGCCCCCGGAGCCCCCAGAGGAGGGACUGGCUCUACGAGUCCUACUACUGCAUGAGCCAGCAGCACCCGCUCCUGGUCUUCCUCCUCCUCAUCGUCAUCGGCGCCUGCCUGGCCCUCCUGGCCCUCUUCUUCCUCGCCUCCGGGAUGGAAACUGAGGACCAUGUGGCAUUCUUGGUAACUGUUCCAACAGCCCUGGCAAUUUUCUUUGCUGUAUUUAUCCUUGCCUGCAUAGAGCCAUUGUUCAAGAAGCUCCUACGUGUUUUCUCUGUAGUAGUCUGGGUGUGUCUGGUUGCCAUGGGAUAUCUCUUCAUGUGGUUUGGAGGAAUCAUCUGUCCUUGGGACCAGGUGUCAUUUUUCUUAUUCAUCAUUUUUGUGGUCUAUACCAUGCUGCCCUUCAACAUGCAAGAUGCUAUAAUUGCCAGCGUUCUUACUGCUGCAUCACAUACCAUUGUGCUGAGCAUCUGUCUGUCAUCAACAGACAUCAUCAAGGAACACUUGGUUUGGCAGAUUCUGGCAAAUGUUAUCAUUUUCAUCUGUGGGAACCUAGCAGGAGCCUACCACAAACAAUUGAUGGAGAUUGCUCUGCAGCAGACCUAUCAGGACACCUGCAAUUGUAUCAAAUCACGCAUUAAGCUGGAGUUUGAGAAGCGGCAGCAGGAGCGUCUUCUUCUUUCUCUACUUCCUGCUCACAUAGCCAUGGAGAUGAAAGCAGAGAUUAUUCAGAGGUUACAAGGUCCAAAAGCAGGCCAGCUGGAAAAUACAAACAAUUUCCACAAUUUAUAUGUCAAAAGGCACACCAACGUAAGCAUUUUAUACGCUGAUAUUGUGGGAUUCACUCGCUUGGCUAGUGAUUGUUCCCCUGGAGAACUAGUGCACAUGCUGAAUGAACUCUUUGGCAAAUUUGAUCAAAUUGCAAAAGAAAAUGAAUGUAUGAGAAUUAAAAUCUUAGGAGAUUGCUAUUACUGUGUAUCUGGCCUUCCAAUAUCUCUUCAGAAUCAUGCCAAGAAUUGUGUGAAAAUGGGACUUGACAUGUGUGAAGCCAUAAAGAAGGUCAGAGACGCAACUGGAGUUGAUAUUAAUAUGCGAGUAGGAGUGCACUCGGGAAACGUUCUCUGUGGUGUGAUUGGACUACAAAAAUGGCAGUAUGAUGUAUGGUCACAUGAUGUUACACUGGCCAAUCACAUGGAAGCUGGAGGAGUUCCUGGCCGUGUUCACAUUACUUCAGUCACCUUGGCUCACUUGAAUGGAGCUUACAAAGUGGAAGAUGGCGAUGGAGAUGCAAGGGAUCCAUAUCUCAAGGAACAUAAUGUGAAAACCUACUUUAUAAUCAAUCCUAAGGAAGAAAAACGAAGUCCACAGCAUCAUUUCCGACCUCGUAAUACACUGGAUGGAGCUAAAAUGAGAGCAUCUGUUCGUAUGACUAGGUAUUUGGAGUCUUGGGGAGCUGCCAAGCCAUUUGCUCACUUACACCAUCGAGACAGCAUGAUUACUGAAAAUGGCAAGAUCAGCACCAUGGAUAUGCCUAUGGGUCAGUAUAAUUUCCAGCGCUGUAGAGAAAGAACAAAGUCUCAGAAGAAAAAGUUUGAAGAGGAACUGAAUGAAAGGAUGAUUCGAGCAAUUGAUGGAAUAAAUGCUCAAAAGCAAUGGCUUAAGUCUGAAGAUAUUCAAAGGAUAUCUCUGCUCUUCUAUAACAAGACAUUAGAAAAAGAAUAUAGAGCAACAACUCUACCUGCGUUCAAGUACUAUGUGACUUGUGCUUGUCUUAUAUUCUUCUGCAUUUUUCUUGUGCAGAUUCUAGUACUACCCAAAAAGUCUAUACUUGGAAUCUCCUUUGGAACUGCUUUUUUUGUGCUUUCCUUCAUUCUAUUUGUCUGCUUUGCUGGUCAGCUUUUGCAGUGCAACAAGAAAGUCUCAGCAUCAUUAAUGUGGAUUUUGAAGUCAUCUGGAGUGAUUGCAAACCGCCCAUGGCCACGGAUCAUGCUGACUUUGAUAACAACAGCUAUAAUAUUAACAAUGGCUGUGUUCAAUAUGUUUUUCUUGGAUGGCAAUGCUGAUAUGGUUCAGUUCCUUCCUAUUCCUAAUUCAUCAAAUUCAAGUUCUGCUGAAGCAAGUGACCAGACACUCCGAUAUAUUCAAAGCAACUAUUUUUUCUUGCCAUACUUUAUCUACAGUUGUGUUCUGGGCCUGAUAUCCUGUUCUGUUUUUCUCCGGAUAAAUCAUGAGCUGAAAAUGGCAAUUAUGUUGGUUGCUCUGAUAGUCUACAAUGUCAUUCUUCUGCAUACACAUGGCUCUAUCCUGGACAACUACAGCAAGUUCCUAUAUACAAUUGCACCUCAAAAAAGGCCAGGAAUCUUGAAAGAUCUGAAGACAAUGGGCUCUGUAUCCCUCUUCAUUUUCUUUGUCACACUGCUGGUACUUAGCAGACAGAAUGAAUAUUACUGUAGGUUAGAUUUCCUGUGGAAGAACAAGUUCAAAAAAGAGCGUGAAGAGAUUGAGACCAUGGAAAAUUUGAAUCGUCUGCUUCUGGAGAAUGUACUUCCUGCUCACGUGGCAGAGCACUUUUUGGCAAGGAACUUAAAAAAUGAGGAUCUAUACCAUCAGUCAUAUGACUGUGUCUGUGUCAUGUUUGCCUCCAUCCCAGAUUUCAAAGAGUUUUAUACAGAAUCUGAUGUCAAUAAAGAAGGUUUAGAAUGUCUGAGGCUUCUGAAUGAAAUCAUAGCUGACUUUGAUGAUCUGUUGUCUAAACCCAAGUUUAGUGGUGUUGAAAAGAUCAAGACCAUUGGGAGCACUUACAUGGCAGCCACGGGACUAAGUGCAAUGCCCAGCCAAGAACACAGUCAGGAGCCUGAACGACAAUACAUGCAUAUUGGGACUAUGGUGGAGUUUGCAUUUGCCCUUGGAGCAAAGCUAGAUGUUAUAAACAAGCAUUCCUUCAACGACUUCAAGCUACGAGUAGGUAUUAAUCAUGGACCUGUAAUAGCUGGUGUUAUUGGAGCUCAGAAACCACAGUAUGAUAUCUGGGGCAACACAGUAAAUGUGGCCAGUCGGAUGGAUAGCACCGGUGUCUUAGAUAAAAUACAGGUCACAGAAGAAACCAGUAACAUCUUACAAACACUUGGCUACAUUUGUACCUGCCGAGGCAUCAUUAACGUUAAAGGAAAAGGAGAGCUUCAGACCUAUUUUGUACAUACUGAAACGACAAAGUCCCUUUCACAAGGGAAUGUGGCAUCCUGAAAUAUAACCUUGGGUGUGGGCAGUCCCACAUUUUUAGAGAAAAAGUAUUGCACAUUUUUCUUAACCCUCUUUUGGCCCAUACCAUGAACAUGUGUGUAAUUUUCUGGUAUAUAGAAACAUUGCUGUAGUAAUGUCUACAGUCUAGUGCCACUGUCCAGCAUCAAGAGAUCUCAGUAAUCUGUGCUAUGGGCUGAGAAGACAAGCAACAACUUGCACUGUCAACUCUGAAGUGGAAGAGAGGAACCAUGACCAUAAUUUGAGAAAUUAAGGUCUGAGACUUGGUUUAGGGGUAAGGAAAAAUACAGAGAAGAACUGAGAGGGAGGAAAAUAUACAAAAAAUGGCAAUAAAACUAAAGCUGCAUGGAAAACUGUGGAAAGUAUGGUAGCUCCCCAAUAACAUCCUCUAGUCCUGAAUUUCUAAUCUCGAAUUCUGAUCCUUCAUCUACUACAACUAGAGUGUGUUCACCAGCUAUAUCCCACAGCCAGCGACACAAAAUGGAACCCCGGUUGACUGCCUUCACAAAGGAAGUCGUAGCUGAGCAGGACCAGUUUUGUAUAAAUUGUGUCUAAUGUUUUGAUGCCAUUGUCUUUUGUAAGAUUAACUCAUUAAAAAUUUAUAUGUAA